CGUCUCACCACCACAUUUUCCGAAAACUACCGUCGAAGCAGGUCGAAGCCAGUCAAGACUCAAGCGUACAUAUUACGGCCAGUGGCAAUCGCAGGAGGCAGCGAUCGACUGGCAUAUUCAACUCAGAAUGGGUUCUGGUUACCUAACGCCUUCCCUUCUCGGCAAUCUCAGGCAUCAAGUCCGGAAGCAGUCUUCGGCUAUUUCCGAAACUAAACGCUGGCGACACGAUCUCAUAAAGCAAUCUGGCACCGGGAAAGUCAUUCAGUCCUCGGGUCCUUCUGGGCGUCAUUCAAACACAGGCCUUGUGGCGACUGUCUUUGGGGCGACAGGAUUCCUCGGACGUUAUCUGGUGCACAAGCUGGCCAAACAAGGUACCCAAGUGAUCGUACCUUACCGGGAUGAGGACAGCAAGCGUCACCUACGCGUGAUGGGCGAUCUCGGACAGAUUGUCCCGCUCGAAUUCGACCUUGAAAACGAAGGUUUCAUCAAUGAAUGCGUUCGACAUUCUCACGUGGUCUACAACCUGUUAGGCCGAGAGCACGAGACCAAGAACUACAGUUUCGACCGACUCUUCAUUGAGGGCGCAUCAAAAAUCACCAGAAUUGCCAAAGAGAACGGCGUGGGUCGGUUGAUACAUGUCUCUCAUCUCAAUGCAUCGCUCGAUUCGCCUUCCAAACUUUACAAAGCAAAAGCUGCUGGUGAAAGCGUUGUGAGGGACAUCUUUCCUGAGGCCACGAUCGUGAAACCUAGUAUCAUGUUCGGACAAGAAGAUCGAUUUCUCAACAAGAUGGUCACCAAGCCGUUUACUUUUCAAGUCAACAGGCUUGAAACUUUAGUCCGACCUGUUAGCGUUUUAGAUGUAGCCGAAGCUAUGCAAUUGAUGAGCACGGCAGACUCCACGGCAGGGAAAACGUUCGAACUUGCUGGUCCAAGGACAUACACUCACGAGGAACUAUUCCAAGUCUUGGAGGUGUUAACACACAAAUCGUUGACUCCCUCAUUCAUCAAUCUACCCCUGCCGAUCUUCAAGUUUCUCAUGAAAAUCGUCGACAAAGCCGUUUGGUGGCCAACUCUAAGCGAGGAUGAGAUUGUCCGAAGAUGUAUCGAUGAUAAAUUGGAACUCACCAAAGGCUGCUACGGAUUCGAUUACUUCGGGAUCGAACCAGACGCCGUUGAGAAUCUCGCAAUCACGUAUUUGAGGUACUACAGAACUGCAUCACUUUUCGAUGCACCGAUCGAAAGAGGUGGUCUCAAGGUCAAGCCCAGGACUUACCAUGCAGUGCAAUGAAAAAAAUUAUGUUUGCCGCUCUCUGUAAUCGCUUGGUUUGCCGCAUCAAAAGAUGCUAACUUGAAAUGAAUCAGAUUUUUUUUUGUAUUUAAAUGCACACCUCAAGAGUGAUUAUCCGGUGUUUGAUUGUCUUUUGACAGUGUCUGUCCAAGUCCCGCCAAUCCUUCAUCAAGAUAAAAUACAUUUGCUUUGGAUAG